AUGGGGGGAGCCGCCGCUGCCGCCGCCGCCGCCGCCGCGCUUGUCUUCCUGGUGCUAGCGGUCUUCGCCGUCAACCCCGCGGCGUCGGGAGCAACUACCGGCGGUCCGGAUGAAAACAUGCCUCAUUACAACAACGCCGGAGCUCAGUCGGGUGAUGCGCACCGCGCCGCACAAGAUCUGGGGUGCGGCGUGACAGGCGGCUGCGCCACCCUGGACACGUGCGGCAGCGACAGCUCCGACGCGGACUGUGCGGCUCCGGACUCGUACGUCUGCGAGCACCAGCUGCCGGGCCUUAGCGUCUGUGAGUCUCCUCCCGUUGCAUCGAUGCAGCCGUGCUGGAUGUCCGGCUUGGAUGGUGCCCUGAGGCUGAACCAGAUCAGCCUGCCGGGCACGCACGACACGAUGUCGAAAGGGAUCUCGGCCUGCCUACAGGAGGGCCAGGCGAACUACGUGCACACGCAGGCGUGGUCGCUCCGAACGAUGCUCGACACGGGGGUGCGAGCGAUCGACGUCCGGAUCCGCCGCAAGAGCGACCUCUCCCUGGUCCUAGAGCACGGCAUCGUGGAGCUCCCCUACGGCUUCGACGUAGACGUUCGCGACGUGCUGGCCUCCUUCCUGACGGACAACCCCACCGAGACAGUGGUCAUGUUCUACCAGAUGAACGACUUGGCGGGGGAGGACAGCAGCGGCGGCGUAACCGCCGAGGACACCCUGCAGGCCUCCAUGUCCCAGUACCCGGACCUGUGGCUCGACGGGGCGGUCGUCCCGACCCUCGAGGAGGCCAGGGGGAAGGCCGUCCUGCCCACGGACAUGGGCCAGGAGGAGCAGAACGACUUCAACCUCAGCUCCUUCGAGGCCGUGGCGACCAAGAAGGGGUUGGUCCGAGACUUUUUCCUGGAAGGCGGCGGUGUCCCGGCCGAUGGCGGUCCGUUCCGCCUGAACUACCUGUCCGGUACGGGGACGUACGUGUACCCGCUGACGGUCGCCGCCGGGCUGAAGAGCGUCUACCAGGGCACGAACGAGGUUGUGUUCGAGUUCUCCGGGGGUAGCCUGGGCGUGGUCAUGUUCGACUUCGUAGGGGAGGACGCCGUCGCGCACGUCGUGGCGCAGCAGGGAACCGACGGCCUUUCUUGGGACCAACCACAAGAAGAGUCGGCUACAUCGCCGGAAAUCUCCGGGGCAACGUAGCGCGCACAAGAGCCGAAUCUAAAAAAGCGUGGUGUAUUGUUAUAGUUUUGAACUGCUGUCCUGUAUGUUUGAAGUGCUUGGUGUUGAAAACGAGUUUGUUGUGGCCACCGCUGUAAGCGUAGCUUCCAGGGCGAACGUGGCUCUCUGUUCUAGCUCAUUCGAGAGGUUCAGGUUGGCGUAAAGUCGGGGUAAUAUUACAGCCUAGAAGGCAUGGUGUUCGUCCGUGUGGGCAUUUGCGCACAAGGAGGCCAGUCUCUUUGUGAGAAGUCCUUGCUCAAGUGAUACGCGGAGGUGUGUGUUCGAUUGCAUUGUUUUUCUUUAUGAUAAUAGUGACGUAGGAGCUUUGUUUUACGUGUAGUCGAAUUGGGUGUGUGAUACGUCUCCGCUGUACCAUGUCGUCAAAAAUCAACAAGCAGUUUUAAGCCGCAACGGCACCCUAGCGUUGUGGGUGGUGCGUGGAAGUGGAGCGAUUUGCGGGGUUCGUGUACAAAAUGAGCACUUGGUAGAUUGGCUACGUUUGUUGGUACAAACACCUUUCCUCUUUUCUGUUCGUGUUCGGUGUAUCCGGAGAAGCGCUGCAAGUCUCUGAAUCCUAGACGCCACGGAGAGGACGCGCACUCCACACCACCACAUCGGUAACUUUUGGAGUGUUGCCGUCCCAACCCGAGUUUUGGCUUUUGCGUGCGCAUGCAGCGGCGCGGGUUGAUG